AGGUCAGUGUCAGUCGGGUGCUGCUUAGCGCAGAGGGAGAGAAGCCACAGGAUCAUCGGAGAGUCGCGGCUGGAUAAAAUAACCUUCUUACACCAUGUCUCUGUCAACUAAACUCACCCUGGACAAAGUGGAUGUCAAGGGGAAGCGUGUAGUUAUGAGGGUUGAUUUCAACGUGCCCAUGAAGGACAAGGUCAUCACAAACAACCAGAGGAUCAAGGCCGCACUUCCAUCCAUCGAGCACUGUUUAAACAACGGAGCCAAAUCCGUGGUGCUGAUGAGCCACUUGGGCCGGCCAGACGGCGUUCCCAUGCCGGACAAGUACUCUCUGGAACCUGUGGCUGCAGAACUCAAGAAUCUGCUGGGAAAAAAUGUUACGUUCCUGAAAGACUGCGUUGGUGCAGAAGUGGAGAGCGCCUGCGCUAAUCCUCCUGCAGGUUCCAUCAUUCUUCUGGAGAACCUUCGCUUCCAUGUGGAAGAAGAGGGCAAGGGCAAAGAUGCCGCAGGAAACAAGACCAAAGCAUCCCAGGAGCAAAUUAACGCUUUCAGGGCGUCCUUGUCCAAGCUGGGUGACGUGUACGUUAACGAUGCCUUCGGGACAGCACACAGAGCUCACAGCUCCAUGGUUGGAGUAGAUCUGCCUCAGAAAGCUGCAGGCUUUUUGAUGAAGAAGGAGCUGGACUAUUUUGCGAUGGCCUUGGAGAAGCCACAGAGACCAUUCCUGGCCAUCCUCGGGGGGGCCAAAGUUAAAGAUAAGAUUCAGCUGAUCAACAACAUGCUGGACAAGGUGGACGAGAUGAUCAUCGGGGGCGGCAUGGCUUUCACCUUUCUCAAGGUCCUUAAGAACAUGGAGAUCGGCACUUCCCUGUUUGAUGAGGAAGGAUCCAAAAUCGUCAAGGACCUGAUGGACAAAGCAGAGAAGAACGGAGUGAAGAUCACACUCCCCGUCGACUUUGUCACUGCUGAAAAGUUUGAUGAGAAGGCCACAACGGGAACGGCUAAAGUGGCUGAUGGCAUUCCAGCGGGAUGGAUGGGUCUGGACUGUGGACCGGAGAGCUCCAAGCUUUUUGCUGAGGCUGUAGGCAGAGCUAAGCAGAUCGUAUGGAACGGCCCCGUCGGUGUGUUUGAGUGGGAGAACUUCGCCAAGGGAACCAAGAACAUGAUGGACAAAGUUGUGGAGGUGACCAAAAGUGGUUGCGUCACCAUCAUCGGUGGUGGAGACACGGCGACCUGCUGUGCUAAGUGGGACACCGAGGACAAAGUGAGCCAUGUGAGCACAGGAGGUGGAGCAAGUCUGGAACUUCUUGAGGGUAAAGUGCUGCCCGGCGUAGACGCUCUGAGCAACGUUUAAACAUCUGACGCCUCAUUCACCCGCCCCUGCUGUGACCCUCGACCCUGAGGAGGCUCUUGCUACACACUCAUUCAUUGCUCUCGGCGUACGCAGGCACAAGUGGCACACGUCCUAUCUGUACUGAACAAUCAGUAAACAUUACUGUACACUGCUGUUUUUUUUUUGUUUUUUUCUCUCCUUGUUCCUGUUUACUCCUUUUGCUAACGUAAUGCCUCAGAUACGCACUUGGCACACCGCACCCUUCUGAACGGUUCUCCUCAAGAAAAGCUGUUCUCGUAUGACCCUGUACUUUUAGGAUCAGGUUCGAUCGUCUCAGCUGCUGAAAUGUUUUUGUGUCCUCUUUACGUAACCGUGUUCAGCGUUUGUAGAUGAAACUUGGUGUGUGUGAUGUAACCAGAGUUUUUAUUUGGCUUCCCUUAGUUGAUGUUCAGACUGAAACUGUAGGCACUUUAUGUUGCACUUCUCAUCCUGGCUCCAGGGCUUGUAAAAUAAACAGGCUGCUCAAAAAGAUGUACGCAGUCUUUAAUGGAAUAUAAAUAAAACUUAAAAAAAACAAA